GCCCGCGCCAGCCUCAAAAGUGCCAAGCUGGAGAACGCGACGUUCUUCCACAAGCGCGAGCGGAGGAUGCGCUUCCACAUCCGCCGCGUGGUGAAAACUCAGGCCUUCUACUGGACCGUGCUGGGGCUGGUGGCGCUCAACACGCUCUGCGUCGCCAUCGUCCACUACGACCAGCCCGAGUGGCUCUCCGACUUCCUCUACUAUGCAGAAUUCAUUUUCUUGGGACUCUUUAUGUCCGAAAUGUUUAUAAAAAUGUACGGGCUGGGGACGCGGCCUUACUUCCACUCGUCCUUCAACUGCUUCGACUGCGCCGUUAUCAUCGGGAGCAUCUUCGAGGGGGGCUGGGCAGUUGUGAAGCCGGGAACAUCCUUCGGGAUCAGCGUGCUGCGAGCUCUCAGGUUACUGCGCAUCUUCAAGGUCACCAAGUACUGGGCUUCCCUGCGGAACCUGGUGGUCUCCCUCCUCAACUCCAUGAAGUCCAUCAUCAGCCUCCUCUUCCUCCUCUUCCUCUUCAUCGUCGUCUUUGCCCUUUUGGGGAUGCAGCUCUUUGGGGGACAGUGAGUGGCUCCCGGUCCC